ACCUCCUGGUUGGCCUGUGAUAAACCUGCUGAUUGUGCAGGAUGUUUUGCAUGUGAACUGAGCUCUAAAAAUAGAAGGAAUGUGAUGUGUGCCUUAGAUGGAGCGAUGUCUACAUCUGGACGGAAGCACUUUGUAAAAGUUUGUCAUUGCGUGGCCUCGUCAUCAGCCACGAGGUGACAGAUAUUAGCACACACACGGUCCCACCUCUCACACACACACACACACUCACUGGGUGAGGUCUGGGCGGGACCGCCUCCACCAGGAAUGCAGUAGUGUGUGUUUUAAACUCAGCAUGCUGUACUCUCGCCCAGGCAGAUGUGUCAGUUUCUCUGCACAUUCCAUGGGGAAGACAGACAGACACGGAUCCGUUUCCACCGGCACUCUGACGGGGACGAGGGAGGACGGAGGACACAGGAAACAGGAGACGAGAGCAGGUGCUGUACGGAUAGAUGGAACCAAUGGGAGAGGAUUUGGAUUGUAUUGGACACAGAAAACAAGCCUGUAACUCGACUGGCUGGAUUUAUUCACUUUCUCAUUGAAAGAACUUUCCUCGGGAUUAAGAUAGCAGGCUGAGUUUGUACAUACAACUACAACCCUGCUUCUGAAAGGUUAUUUCAAUCAUCGCAGACCAACGUUCCUUCUUCUUCUCUGGAUUAUGUAAAUUCUUUAAGAAGAAGAAGCAUUCUGCAGGGACAACCAGGUGUUUCAAUGUCAUUGGAGUUUGAGGUGAGCAAAUGACCUCCCCUGCAGAUGUCCAUGUGACCCCUGACCGCUGCCACACACACUGCUGAGGCCCAGCAUGGCGUCGCAUCACGUCGCAUAGGAGUGCUUCAGAGAGUCGGUACUUCUGGUGAAGUCCCCCCUGAGACCAUGGGGUCCCGUGUAAAGCAACCCAAGGAGAGCGGCCUGUCCUCUCUGUUUUCUUGCUGCUUCAAUCGGAGCGACCCACCGGAAAUCACCCACUGUCAAGACAGCACCAACCCCAUGGCUGUGCUGGAGCCUGACCUGCCCAUGCCCCCCCCCCAGGAGCUGGACCUCAAGUUCACCGAGCUGGUGGAUGAACUGGACCUUACAGAGGAAAACAGAGCUGCCAUGUUUUCUUUGCCAGCAGAGAAAAAAUGGCGGAUCUACUGUAGCAAGAAAUUGGAGGCCGAGCAGAAUAAAGGAGCAUCCCGAUGGCCAGAGUAUUACAUUGACCAGCUGAGGUCCAUGGCUGCUAGGAGGACUCUGCUGGGACCAGAGGACGAGGAGGAGCAGGAAAGACAUAAAAUCAUAGAUGACCUGAAGACAGCGCUGAGGACACAGCCGAUGAGGUUUGUGACACAGUUCAUUGACUUGGAUGGGCUGUCCUGCAUUCUGAAUUUCCUCAAGUCAAUGGACUAUGAGACCAACAACUCUCAGGUGCACACGUCUCUCAUCGGCUGCAUCAAAGCUCUGAUGAACAACUCGCAGGGCCGAGCUCAUGUGCUGGGUCACUGUGAGAGCAUCAAUAUCAUCGCAGAAAGUCUCACCACCGAGAGCAUCAAAACCAAGGUUGCCGUGUUGGAGAUCCUCGGUGCCGUAUGUUUGGUGCCGGGGGGACACAAAAAAGUUCUGGAAGCCAUGCUGCACUACCAGACCUUCGCCAUGGAGAGAACUCGCUUUCAGACCCUAAUGAUGGACUUGGACAGAUCCACAGGCCGCUACAAGGAUGAGGUGAACCUGAAGACUGCCGUCAUGUCCUUCAUCAACGCCGUGCUGAGCCAGGGAGCGGGAGAGACCAGCCUGGAGUUCCGCAUCCAUCUGCGUUACGAGUUCCUGAUGCUGGGCAUUCAGCCGGUCAUCGACAAACUGUACUCCAAUGAAAACGCCACCCUGAACAGACAUCUGGACUUCUUUGAGAUGUUGAGGAAUGAAGAUGAGCUUCAGAUGUCCAAACGGUUCGAUGCUGCCCAUAUAGAAACUAAAAGUGCCAGCCAGAUGUUUGAGCUGAUCAGGAAGAGACUGAACCACACUGAAGCUUACCCUCACCUCCUGUCUGCACUGCAGCACUGCCUCAUGAUCCCAUCUAAGCAGAGCAGCACCACCCGUCACUACUGGGCGCUGUUGGAUCGGAUCAUUCAGCAGCUGGUUCUGCAGACGGACAAAGGGGAGGACCCCGAUGUCGCUCCGCUGGAGGACUUCAACGUCAAAAAUGUUGUACGCAUGCUUGUCAAAGAGAGCGAGGUCAAAGAAUGGAAAGAGCAAGCUGAUAAAACGAGGAAAGAGCAUCACAACCUGCAGCAGCGUCUGGAAAAGAAAGAGAGGGAGUGCGAGGCCAAGAACAAGGAGAAAGAGGACAUGAUGGCCAUGCUGAACAAGCUUAAGGACAAGCUGGAGCGAGAGACCAGCGACCACAAGCAGGCCCAGCAGCGCCUGGCAGAGCUGUCUGCUCUGCUGCAGCCCGGCUCAACGUCCGGUGUUCCUGGAGGACCUCCCGUGUCUUCUGCCGGUUCAGUCUCUUCUGGUCCUGUGCCGGCCGGCCCUGCUCCUCCUCCUCCUCCUCCCCCACCACCACCUCCUCCUCCAGGAGGCCCGCCGGGUUUCGGCACGGCCCCAUUGGCCCCGCCUCCUCCACCUGGAGCUCUGUUGGGAGCUGUCCAGGAGAAGAAGAAUAUUCCUCAGCCAUCCAACCCGCUGAAGUCCUUCAACUGGAGCAAACUGCCUGAGAACAUGACCGAAGGAACCAUAUGGAAGGAGAUCGAUGACCUCAGAGUGUUCAAAGUCCUGGAUCUAGAGGAGCUGCAGAGGACCUUCUCAGCUUACCAGAGAACACAGCAGAAGGAUGCUGGGGACGAGCCGGCCGCUGUGAAGAAGGUCAAGGAGCUGUCGGUGAUCGACGGCCGCCGAGCGCAGAACUGCAACAUCCUGCUCUCACGGCUGAGACUGACCAAUGAGGAGAUCCGCCACGCUGUCCUGACCAUGGAUGAACAGGAGGACUUACCCAAAGACAUGCUGGAGCAGCUUCUGAAGUUUGUUCCUGAGAAGAGCGACAUGGAGCUGUUGGGAGAACACAAGCACGAGCUGGAACGUAUGGCCAGAGCAGACCGCUUCCUGUAUGAAAUGAGCAGCAUCAACCACUAUCAACAGAGACUCCACUCUCUUUACUUCAAGAAGAAGUUUGCUGAAAGAGUGGCUGACAUCAAACCUAAAAUCAAAGCUCUAAGUCUAGCGUCCAGGGAGGUGGUGCAGAGCGGGACGCUGCGCCAGCUCCUGGAGGUGGUGCUGGCCUUCGGGAACUACAUGAACAAAGGACAGCGGGGGAACGCCUACGGAUUCAAAGUGUCCAGCCUCAACAAGAUAGCUGACACCAAGUCGAGCACAGACAAAAACAUCUCUCUGCUUCACUACAUGAUCACUGUACUGGAGAAGAAGUACCCGAAGGUGGUGGCGUUCAGUGAAGAGCUGGCGAAUGUUCCAGAAGCUGCCAAAGUCAAUAUGACGGAAUUGGAGAAGGACUUUGGCAAUCUGAGAUCUGGGCUGAACAUCGUUGAAGCGGAGCUGCAGUACCAGCGAGGUCAGUCCCCUCAGGGUCCCGAGGACAAGUUUGUCCCCGUGGUGGGUCAGUUCCUCACCGUGGCCUCCUUCAGCUUCUCGGAUGUAGAGGAGUCGCUCAGUGAGGCCAGAGAAGUGCUCGUGAAGGCACUCAGACACUUUGGAGAAGACUCAGCCAACCUGCAGCCGGAUUCCUUUUUUGGGAUCUUCGACAGUUUCCUUGCAGCUUUCUCAGAGGCCCAACAGGACAACAUAAGGAUGGCCCGACGCAAGGAGGAGGAGGAGAAGCGGGCACUCAUGGAGGCUCAGCUGAAGAGCGACCGGGAGCGGAAGUCAAAGAAGGCCAAACCAAACGAGGACGAGGGGGACGGUGAGUUCGAUGACUUGGUGUCCGCUCUGCGCUCCGGAGACGUCUUUGAAAUGGACAUGUCCAAGAUGAACCGCAGGAAACAACGGAGGCACAACUUGUUCGACGGCAGCCGCGAGCGACCCGUGGCAGAAGUGACCCAGCAGGACGGGUCGGUUUGACUCUACGCUCUGUGAAGCAAAGAGUAACAAAAAGACACUAUAGUCAUAUAAUUAUAUCCUUGUAUAUUUGUAAGUUUGCACAGCUCUGGCUUGUGAGUUUCUUUGGAAAUGUUACCUUAAGAAGAGUCAGGACCUUUUUUCAGUCGUAAUCUGGAUGUUUUAAUUCAGGGGCAAUGGACGGGUCAAUCAAACACAGGCCUAUCUCGCACUGUUUGUUUGCAGCAAAAAAUGAAUGUUGAGAUUACGCUUGUUUUGUAACUCGGGGGCCUUUGUCAUCGGUUUACACGAGUUAGGUUGUUACAUUACGUGGUUUCAUUGCGUUACAAACCAUUACAAACUGCUUUGUUUUCUAACCAUUACCGAAUAAUUGUAUUGCCUAAAGCCAAACAAGGGUUGAACGAUGCUAAUCACGUCCACAGGCAUGAAAGUAGGCUGAAAUGAAACGGAUUCAUGAAACCGAGGUUCGUUCUGAGGACUCUAUACAGGUUCUGUUUAGGACACUAGAUGUUGCGUUAGAAACCAGCUUCUCCCGGACCAAAAUAAAUGGAUGCAUCAGCAGUUGGAAUGUUGAUCUUCACUGUAUGGAGUUAUUUUAGUAACAUUAAUAUUACAUUGAGUUUAACACUUUGAAAGGCCCUGUGUGGGGCGUCACUCUCUGGCCAGACGUGGCUUUAACCUACGUCUUGGUCGAUUGCAUCUCAAGGGCUAACUAAAUCCAGCACUAACUACCAAGGAACGAUCCGGAUGGAUCCGAUCCCUCAAAGCGCUUGGCGAGGACGUCUGUAACACGUUCGACCACAUAUCUUUUGAAGGGUAAACACCAAUGCAUCCUGAUGCUCACAAAAAAGAAAGCACCAUGAAAAAAUGUCUUUUCUAUUUCCUCUUUUCUCACCUAGAUACGCUUUCUAAUUUCGUAAGAUGGUUUUGUGCACAACACUGAGAGAUUAUAGAUAUAUGUGUAUUAACAUAUUGGUAAUGUUAUGUCUCUUUUUGGUCUUUUUGUGUCUCUUUUAGGUAUUUCAUUUUGUAUGUCUUUGUUGGUCUGUUAUACAUUUUCUCUGUUCUUUUUGAUGUUAGUUUGCAUCUCUAAGUGGAUUUGCAGUCAUUCUGUUUCUUUUAAUUAUGUUUUGGGCCUUUUGAAGUAUUUUAAAGUCUCUUUGAAGAUAUUUGUUUGUCAUAUGUUAAUUUUUGCACACUUAAGGUAAUUUUCCCUGUUUAAUAGUCCCUGUGAAUUUUUGCAGCUGUUGUGCAUCUCUUUUAUAUUUCUUUGUGCCAUCGAGGAUCUCCUGUGUGUUGUAUGGCUGUAUGUUACUGAAGGUCCCUGCACUGUGAGGAUGUGUGAGUCCUCAUCACGAGUCAUAUACAGUCAACGAGUUAGAUAAACUACGAAUAAAUGAACCCACCACAAGGGACAUUCCUUAGUGUGGACUGUGCCUGUGCCGGUGAAGCCCAGUCAUCCAUCCUAAGGAAUAGACACAGUUUAUAUUCUGUUGAUUUUGUAUCUAUUUUAUUAUAUGGUAAAUGGAAAGUACUUGUUUUAUCUUUCACCCAUUCAUACACUGAUGACAUGAGCGUCCAUACACAGCACCCCCUGUCCAUCAGUAACUAACACUCACACCAUUUGCACACCGUAGUCACAGCAGUGUUUGGGUUUAGUGACAUGCUCAAGGACUCAUGUGCCAAUGUGGAUUACUGAAUGGUGAUGGAUUUGUGAAGUGUUGAAUGUGUUCAUUUAAACAUAGAUUUGGGAAAGUGCAAUCCGAUCAGAAGUGGUCAUGUGUGAACUGAUGUAGCCUACUCAGAGCUGUCCACCUGUGAUCUGAUUACCAAAGUAAAUGCCAGGUCUGAUCAGGGCUUACCCCUCUUUUCAAGGGGUGAAGGCAGUUUUAAAAGGGAGGCACUCACAUAAAUGGCAUUGUUCUUGGCGGGUCCAGCUACCAGAUUUGGGAAAUUAAGGAUGCUAUGUCCUGAGGAUUGUCUCCAAAUUGGUACAAAUCUGUCCAAAACUAGGUUUGUAUUGUUCUAUGUAGACUUCCGACUCUAAGAAACAUACAAUGCAAAUUUUGCCUGUUGAAUAUGUACAAGUGGAAAUAACAAUAUAUGUAUAGCAUGUUUCCUUAUUAGUUAUGUUCUUUAAAAAAACAGUUGUAGAAGUAUAAAUAGAUGGAAAUAGAAAAUAGAUAGUAUGUAAUAAUGAUACUGUAUAAGAAUUAAUGUUGCCCUUAAAUAAAAUGUACUGUUGCCAA